UGGACAUUUGUGGUGGGUGCCGCUGUUUUCGUUGGCAGCGCUACAACAGUUGAUUGCACAUCUUAAGGUCACGUCCAAAAAUAGAUAUUAAUCAUUGCAGUUUAUAAUGAAAUAUGGAGUAUUGAAUAAACUUCGACUUCACGUAUUACAUAACUAAAUAGGAAUCAUCAUCAUAGGAACGUGUGUUGUUGUUGUUGCCGUGAUGAAUUAUCUCUUCUGAAGAAAGCGGAAGAAAGCCGGCCCCCUUCUCCUCCGCCUUCACUUAUCAAAAGAAGUUGUACCACAUUCAAUCAAUCACUGUGCCUAGCACCUUUAUUUCCCCUCCACACCCACCGCCCAUUAAUCCAUACAUACGUGUGUAUAUUACAUAUUCACAAUGUCUGAAGAGAGUGAAAAACCUCGAGAGAUUGUAUCCUCCUAUGAUGAGAUAUUAGAAAUUACAGGACUACUGCCUAUCUGUGAUAACAGAAGGUCAUAUGUAGGUGACGACAAAGAAGAUAAGGAAAAUUCCUCUCCACAAAAUGAAGGUGGUAAUGGUGACAAUAUUCUUCGCCUUGGAGGCGGUGUCAGUGGUGAAAAUGAUGGUGAUGAUGACGAUGAAGGUAUUGUACCGGUACUGUCUACUAUACAAUUACAACAUGGUUCAAGUUUGAUGUCAAUUACAGCGGAUGAGAAUAAUACCACAAAUGUACGAACGAUUUCAAUUGCAAAGACAAAAAAUAAUGAUGUUGGAUUUAUGUUUACCGAAAUAAAACAGGGUCUAUUUGUUUCACAUGUCGAUGAAAGAUCUUCAGCCAGUUUAAAUCGAGUACGUUUCGGUGAUAAAAUACAAUGCAUCAAUGGUAUUGAAGUGACAUCAUAUUCUCAAGCGAAACAGUUGAUUGAAAAAACACAUCCAACUGUAGAAUUUUCAAUAAUUGAUUGCCCAUAUAGAGAGAGUAAAACGUUGUAUAAAAUACGUGGAAGAUGUGGUCUAUUCAUUAAUGAUGGUAUGAUAUUAGAUCGUACAAGAUAUUUCAGCCCAAAAAGUGAUAAAUGCCCGUUGAAUUAUUAUAUUACUGAAAUUAAUAAUAUCAGUAGUGUACGUCUAUUAGAUGAAGAAAUUGUCAAAUUGAUUGAACAUGUGAAUUCACCGUUCACUUUGCAUAUUGUACCACAAUGGUUUUAUGAAUAUCUUGUCUAUGGAUUAGAUCCAUCCUGUAGCAGUGAUGUAAGAAAGAAGACUAAAAAGCAACUAGUGUCUUUCAAUUGUUUCCGUCAGUCGAACAGAUGUGAUGAUCGAUCAUGAAGUGUUUGGAUUAUUGUGAUCGCUUUUCGUCUCAUUCAUUCAUUCAUUUUUUUUAUCAUAGUGCACAUCACUUCUUGUCACACACACUGUGUGUGUUCAUUACUGCCUUCUUUUCAACGCGCCAACCAAAAAUAUUGUGCAAUGAAUUGCUUUAUUCCCCGCAUCGCCUCGGCGUUCUUCCCCCCCUCUCCCUCUCUCUUUUCUUCGGUACGUACUUCCAUCGUAUUCACAUCAUCAACAUCCUCAUGUCAUCAUUUGAGCACCAUUCAUACCUAUACUUUUCUCUCGCUGUCUCUCUCUCUCUCUUUGCCUACGUAUUCAGCUCCUCACCGUGACUCCCCCGCGCCACCUUCCACCCGUGUGUGUGUGUGUUAACAAUUUACAAUAACCAGUAGUAGUGGUAUUCUACUUGCGCAUUUCUCUGCUAUACACCAAUACACCCAAAUGUGUUCAUGAUCCUGUUUCCCUAUAGAUCGUCUUUCCCACCCCCCACCGUGUUAUUUAGCUGCUUUCAUGAUUCUUUUUUGUUUGUUUUUGUUCUCGCUUUGAUUAUUUUUUAUUUAUAUUUUUUUGAUCCUAUCCUGUGUGUAUAUGUGUGUGUGGUAAUGUUGAUUAUGACUCAUAUCAUUUAUUUGCCUUGUUUUCAUUGCUUAUUCAUAUAAAUUUGUAAUUUUUGGUUGGUUUUUUGUUAGGGGUAUUGAGCUGUUUGUUGUGUGUGUGUUGUUCGAAUUAAAUUUUAUUUUGGUUUGGUUUGGUUUGAACACACUGGUGGUUCCCUUUUUGGAUUUAAUCCAAUUUGAUUGGACUGAAGUACUGGAGAUGCCUGACUGUUAAAGGGAGCUCUGAGAAAAUACACUGCACUGAUCAAGGCACUCUCACUCUACUCGAACUCAUGCAUAUCCGGCCAGGUGAGAGCGCUUACAGUGAGUUGUUAUAUGAAGUGAUGACAACUAGGGGUGUCCGUCACAAGGGAUGCCCACCACUAUCCCC